AUGCCCUGGGGCCUGGGGUAUGGGACGCUCUUUGGCCUCUCCAUCGGCCCCUUCCAGCCACUCGUCGUUGCCGAGCCUGAUCUCUUUCACCAGGCACGUGAUGCAAUGCAAGCAGUGGUUAGUGCCAUCAGUUGUUCAUUCCCUGGCAUGGGGUAUGGUUCCUGGGAGGUGUGGUUGGUUAGAGGGCAGGCUGCUGUGGAAGUGGCGGUACCAACUAGGGACGGUCUUAAUCGCGAAAAUCUCAUCCUUUCAGAAGAAUCAGAACGCCGGGCGCGUGGUGCGCUUCCUGUUUCCCCUCCUGACAUCCCCCGCUCUCUCUCUCCCUUCUCCUCCAUGCCCCCCUCCCUAUGCCCUCAGAUACUUAUUGCGAAAAGCUCGUCCUUUCAGAAGAAUCAGAACGCCAGGCGCGUGGUGAGCUUCCUGGCGAACGGGCUGGUGUUCUCCGAUGGGGCGUUUUGGGCGCGGCAGCGCAAAAUGAUCAGCCAUGCCUUCAGCCCCUCCUACCUCAAGGUGAGUGGGAUGGGAUUGGUGGGGUAUGGUAUAGGUGGGAUGGGAUUGGUGGGGUAUGGUAUAGGUGGGAUGGGAUUGGUGGGGUAUGGUAUAGGUGGGAUGGGAUUGGUGGGGUAUGGUAUAGGUGGGAUGGGAUUGGUGGGAUAUGGUAUAGGUGGGAUGGGAUUGGUGGGGUAUGGUAUAGGUGGGAUGGGAUUGGUGGGGUAUGGUAUAGGUGGGAUGGGAUUGGUGGGAUAUGGUAUAGUGGGGCAGUCAGCCCGACUGGCGAGCAGGGUGCAGGGUGGUGAGCUUUCUGGCGAGCAGCAAACAGGGAGGUGCAGUAGUAAUGGAGGUGCAAGCAGUAAUGGAGGGGAUGGGAGGAGGAAGCGCGCUGGUAGGUGCAGUAGUGGGUUCACACAUGGAGUAUCGGCCUUCCUCAUUCACCCCUUCAUCCCCUCUACCCCUCCUUCCGCUCCUCCUGUCCAAUCCCCUUCCUCUCCUCUAUCCCAUCCCAACCUCCCCGUACCCCACGACAGCACCCAGUGGGCAGUGAUGGACGAGCAAGCGCACAGAGCAGAGCAGCAGUGGGCGCACACAGUCAUCCGUACUCUAAUCUUAGCAGAGCAGCAGUGGGCGCACACAGUCAUCCGUACUCUAAUCUUAGCAGUGCGGCAGUGGGUGCACACAGUCACCCGCACUCUAAUCUUAUCAGUGCAGCAGUGGAUGCACACAGUCACCCGCACUCAAAUCUUAUCAGUGCAGCAGUGGGCGCACACAGUCACCCGCACUCUAAUCUUAUCAGUGCAGCACUGGGCGCACACAGUCACCCGCACUCUAAUCUUAUCAGUGCAGCAGUGGGCGCACACAGUCAUCCGUACUCUAAUCUUAUCAGUGCAGCAGUGGGCGCACACAGUCAUCCGUACUCUAAUCUUAUCAGUGCAGCAGUGGGUGCACACAGUCACCCGCACUCUAAUCUUAUCAGUGCAGCAGUUGGUGCACACGCACACGUGGGCUGAUUGCCUUCCUCAUUCUUUCUCAUAUCCUCACUCUCACCCCUUCAUCCCCUCCUCCUCACAGCACGCAGCAGUGACAGCGAUGGACGAGCAAGCGCGCAGGGCACACGCAGUGGCAGUGAUUGACGAACAGGCGCGCAGAGCAGAGCAGCAAUGGGUUCAUACUGUAACCCAAGCCAGUGGCAGCAGCAACUGCAGUAGCAGCGGCAGAGGCAGAGGCAGAGGCAGCGGCAGCGGGGGGUGUGAGAUGGACAUGUAUCCUGCCUUCACGGCUCUCACUCUUGGCAUCAUCGGCCUUGCUGCCUUUGGUAACAACCUUUCUCAUUCCUUCUUAUACCCUCCUCCCAUCCGUAACCCCCACAGCACGCACAACAGAGGAGUGCGCAGCACAGCUGCUAAAAGCAGCGGGGCGAGCCAUGCUAGCAGUGAUGAGAAGGAGAUGGAGGAGGAGGGGCAGGGAGAGAGUGAGGAGAGGCGGGCAGAGGAGGAGGGGAGGAGUGUGAGGGAGGUGUAUGAGGCGCUUGCGAUGCGGCCCACCCAGGAGAGCAAAUCGCUGCAGCAAGCAAGCAGUGUUGCGUGCUUCAGCAGGCUGCAGCGCUCUCUGUUUCUCACUCUUGCAUCCCUCUCUUCCCCCCCCCCCCGCCGCCCACGUGCCGCCGAGCCAGUCCUCCAUGAUUUGCGGUGGCUGCCCACCCAGGAGAACAGCGCCCUGCAGCAAGCAGCGGAGAAAGUGACGCGGUUGUCUCUAGACCUGAUUGCGAGACGCAGACAGGAACAAGCGGGCGACUCAAGGAAGGAUCUUCUGGCAGUGAUGCUGGCAGCAAGGGAUGACGUCAGCAACGAGCAGAUGACCGACCAGCAGCUGGUGGACGAAUGCGUCACCUUCCUAUUGGCCGGGGUGCUGUGCGGUGGUGGAGUGUAUGACGUCAGCAACGAGUGCAGUGCAGAGGCAAGUGCAACACAGGUCAUGCUCCCAUGCUCUCUCACCCCUCCCAUCGUUUCAGGCCACGAGACGACAGCGAAACUACUCACCUGGGCUGUGUACCUGCUGGCCCGCUACCCCGAUUGGCAGAGGCGAGUGAGGGAGGAGGUGUGGCGGGUGAUGGGGAGCGAGAUGCCUGAAGGUGGGGGAGGAGGAGGAGGGGCGAACAGGGAGGGAGGGGGGGAGAAACUGGAGCUAGGAGGAGAGAAGGGGGAGGGAGGAGGGGAAGGGGAGAAGGAGGAGGGGGGAGGGGAAGCGGCGAAGGGCAACGGGAGGAGGGGGGGCGGAAGAAAGGUGACGUGGGAGCAAGUGGGGCGGUUGAGCGAGAUGCACAUGGUGCUGUUAGAGACACUCCGGCUCUUCCCCCCGACCCCUGUCAUCACACGCGAAGCAGUCAAGCAUGUCUCGCUGGGCCCCUACUCGCUCCCAGCAGGCACGCGCAUCACUAUGGCCAUCGGCAUGGCGCAGAGCGACCCGCGCUUCUGGGGGGAGGACGCUCUAGAGUUCAACCCAUUACGCUUCAAAGGUGAGAUUCAACCGAUCAAACCUCAGCGGUGGGCCGGGGAGGAAGCUCAGCAGCUCAUUCGGGGAGCAUGCUCACACCCACAGGCGUUUCUGCCAUUCUCAGCAGGCCCUCGAGACUGCAUUGGCUCAAACUUUGCUCUCUCGGAGGCCAAGGUGGUUCUUGCUCACAUGCUGAGUCGCCUUGAGUGGGAGCUCUCACCUACUUAUGUACACUUGCCGACUAUGGGGAUCGCGCUUAGCCCUAAAUAUGGCAUGCCGCUUCGGAUGAGGCUCGUGGAGUAG